CACCAUCAGAGCCACCAAAGAAAUCUUUGGCACCUUCAGAGCCACCAAAAGAGUCUGUGGCACCCUCACAGCAACCAAAAGAAUCUGUGGCACCCUCACAGCAACCAAAAGAGUCUGUGGCACCCUCAGAGCCACCAAAAGAGUCUGUGGCACCCUCAGAGCCACCAAAAAAGUUUGUGGCACCUUCAGAGCCACCAAAAGAGUCUGUGGCACCCUCAGAGCCACCAAAAGAGUCUGUGGCACCUUCAGAGCCGCCAAAAGAGUCUGUGGCACCCUCAGAGCCACCAAAAGAGUCUGUGGCAUCCUCAGAGCCACCAAAGGAAUCUGUGGCACCCUUACAGCAACCAAAAGAGUCUGUGGCACUUUCAGAGCCGCUAA